UGCAAGUGAGACAGGACAGAGGUAGGGAGAGAUGGUGUACUGAUCCAGGGCGAGAGCUAGUAUCAUGUAUAUAGGAGUUGAGCACCUGCCACGGAUCGUGGUUCUCAACACACCUCACUAGUACCUAGGUUCUACUCGUUCACACUCACAACAACUUGAACUUUCUCGGCCUAUGCGUACCCUGACAAGACUCGGUCACCAGCUCAAAGCUAAAUCCACUUCCAGGCCCAAAGUACCUACCCUAAUAAAGACCCCGCCAACAACCGCUGGAAUGUCCACCUCAACCGCGGGCACCAACCUCGCGGCUCUCCUGCGGGGUGCGCGAGAGACCCUUGUCCUCGAAGAGCGCGCCAUUCCCUCCCCAGGACCAGACGAGAUCCUGGUCCGCAACCGGGCGAUCGCGCUCAACCCUAUCGACUGGAAGCGACAAGCCUUCGGCAUCGCCCUCCCCUCGAACAAGACCACCAUCCUGGGCUCCGACGUAGCGGGCGAGGUCGUAUCCGUCGGCUCCAACGUCGCCUCGUUCUCCUCCUCGUCGUUAUCAUUCGCACCCGGCGACCGCGUGCUGGGCUCCGCGUCGGCCAUGGUGUCCGGCAACCUGGACCACGGCGCUUUCCAGCUCUAUACCCUCCUCUCGUCCACCGCGGCAGCGAAAAUCCCCGACGCAGUUUCUUAUCCAGAGGCGGCGACGCUGCCGACGGCGAUGGGCACCGCGACGAUCGCGCUUUUUCAUAACCUCGGCUUGCCCCUCCCUUCCACUUCCACUUCUACUUCUACUCCCACUCCGACCACUACCACCGGAGAAGCCGAAGUGAAAAAAGACGGGAUCCUCGUCUGGGGCGGCGCAACCUCAUGCGGCAGCGCCGCCAUCCAACUCGCCCGUCUCGCCGGCCUGUCCAAUAUCUACGCGACAGCCAGCCCGAGACACCACGCCCUCGUACAAUCCCUCGGCGCCAGCACGGUGGUGGAUUACCACUCCCCCGGCACGGCCGUAGAGGACAUCCUCUCCGCGGCGGGCCGGGACGGAGUCGAGAUUCGCUACGCGGUAGUUAACGUAGGAGACAACGAUGCCUUCGCCGCUGUCAAGCAUAUCCUAGAGCGUUCUUCGCAGGGGAAAGAAGGAAAGAAGAUGAAAGUGGCUAGCCUGGCCCGCUGGCCGGAGGAGCAGGUUGCGAAGCCCGAGGGGGCAGAGGUUAGUUGGGUGAUGGGCAUGGAGGUGUGGGGUGCAAGGAAGGAUUUGGCGGCGUGGUUGUUUAAUCGGAAUUUGACGGGGUGGUUGGAAGGGGGCCAGGUGGUGCCGCAUGCGGUGAGGGUUGUGAAAGGGGGGAUUGGGGGUUUGCAGACGGCGCUGGAUCAGUUGAAGGCGGGUGUUAGUGGGGAGAAGUUGGUCGUUGAGGUGUAAUAAGGGACAGAAAGGCAGAAGAGGAGAGAGUUGGGGUGUUUGGAUCGUGUGGUGGUCUCCUUCAAGAAACUCGUGUCUCAUGGGCAUUCGACAGUAAAGAUCUAGGCAUUCACA